AUGGACUCCGGCGAAAAUGCACGUUCUCAAAAGUCCCUCCAAGCUAGUCCUUUGUCUAGACAACCAACAAGAAAACCAAGAAAAGUCCAGACUAAGACCACGGAGGAUGUUCAGAACAAGACCAUGGAGAAUGUCCAGAACAAGACCAUGGAGGAUAUUCAAAGCAUGACCACAGAGGAUGAACAUGAAGCUCUCCUGAAAAAGACAAGGGAAGUGGAAAGAAAGGCUGAUAUUGAACAAAGAGAGGCCGAGGAGGCAGCACUUCCAGAUUUAUCAGAGCCAACCAACCGUGACCCAAAGGAGCUCUAUUUUCCUAACACCCAAGAGUACUACUACACCUUAAAAGACUAUCAGUCACGCUGUGAACAAGAGUCUCGAAAGACAAAAUCUCGAAAGACAAAACGCUACAAGAAUAAAGUUCCUCUAGUCAGCAAAUUCUGUGUACCCGCCGAGAUCAUCGUGAAGAUUUUCAAAAAUCUCCUCGAGGUACCAAACGGCUCCGACCCCGAUCUUUGCACUUCCGUAUGCUUUGCAUUAACCUGUCGCUCCAACUGGGCAAUUUUCCGCCAAAUUCACAUCUACAAAGUCCCCCUAGCCAGCAGAUAUCCCCAAGAGACUGUCUUUCCUGACCGCGACGCCAUCUGCCUUGGAAAACUCUUAUUCCUCUGGAUGUAUCCAAAAUAUCGGCCUAUACGCUUCUACGAACAGCACCUUAUAGGAACGAGAUUAGAAAUUCAAGACUGCCCGGAUAUUUUGUAUCUGGAUAUUCGCAAAUAUCCCGUUGGAGGAGAGAAGGAAAAGCGGCUUGCACAGAGAAUGCACGAAUAUAAGGCUAAUCGAUUUUCCAAGUUUAUUGCUGAAUAUAAAAAGCGGAAUGGCGCACGAUUGUCCGCAAGCAGUGAUAGCUUAGACUGGCGUAUCCCAGAUCCAUACAACAUGGGCGAGGAGUGGUAUCCUGCUACAGUCCGUAUCCUCAAGCAUGGUGUAUUUGGCUGGCCCGAUGAUUGCGCGGGCGAUGCGGGAACGGAAUGGCUUAAUCCGACCCAGUAUAUGUGGUAUUACUGGGUCUGGCAGAAAUACAAAAAGUGGAUGUUGAGAGACUGGGUUGAACAGCCGGAGGCUCUUGAAUAUAAAAAGCUGCAUGGGCUUGGGAGAGGAGGAGAGAAGCAGAUAAGUAUGAUACAUGGGCUCCAGAUGCUGAGGUUGGUUGAUGUGCGUCUUGAUCAGCCUGAGCUUCAAGGUCAAAAUGGUAGUGAACUCAAUAUUGAAGCUGGUAGGGGUCAGAGUGAUGAGGUAAAGGUCGAGGAGAAAGUCGAGGGUAUUGAUGUUACUGGUAGGGAUAAAAGUGAUGAGGCGAAGGUCGAAGUGAAAGCUGAUGAUAUUGAUAUUAAGGGCUGA